GAAGAAGAGCGAGUUCAGCCGGAGCUGCAUGAGGUUCGCAGCUGGUAUGCCUCCGUACAUUCUCGGUUUAGAUGUGGGCACCACAUCGAUUAAAGCAGUUUUAUUAGAAAGUGAAUCAAGGAGCGUUGCUGCAAGCCAGAGUUUGCCAACUGCUUCUGACCUAGCUGAUUCGAAUGGGAUCAAGGCUAAGGAGCAGGAUACUGGCCGGAUUCUGGAAACUCUUAACCAGUGCGUCGGGCUGCUACCAGCGGACAAACUGCAACAUGUGUGCAGCAUCGGGGUAUCUGGACAGAUGCACGGGGUUUUGUUUUGGAAUGCUGAGAGUGGUUGCGAUUGGUCCAGAGGCAACUUCAGUCAGCUGAUUACCUGGCAAGAUGGCCGCUGCAGCAAUAGCUUCCUGUCCUCCCUUCCAAAACCGGAUUCGCACCUCGCCGUUGCCACAGGAUUCGGCUGUGCCACCAUCUUUUGGUAUAUGAAACACAGGCCCGAGUUCCUUAAGGACUUCACGGUGGCAGGCACCAUCCAGGACUAUGUUGUAUCCAAAUUGUGUGGGUUAGACCGAUGUCUCAUGACACCCCAGAAUGCAGCCAGCUGGGGUUUCUACAACACAUCCUCCAAGCAGUGGAAUCUGGACAUUCUCAAUGGCGUCGGCUUCCCUUUGCACCUACUUCCUCAGUGUGUCCCCUCCGGUGAGCUGGCGGGUCACACUCGUUCCGACUGGCACGGCAUCCCCGCGGGCACGCCAGUAGGGGCCGCUCUGGGAGACUUCCAGUGCGCCGUCUACUCCUGCCUGAGUGCACAGACAGAUGCGGUUCUUAACAUAAGCACCUCAGCCCAGUUGACCUUCGCCAUGCCGGCUGACUUCAAACCUCCUGACUGUCCUCAGCCUGAAUCGUCUAUUGCUUUCUUCCCCUACUUUGACUCUUCAUACUUGGCAGUGGCGGCGGCGCUCAACGGAGGGAAUGUCCUGGCCACGUUUGUGGAUAUGCUCACCGGAUGGAUGAAAGAACUCGGUGUGGAGCUGAGCGAACAAUCCCUAUAUGAGAAGAUGAUCAGUUGUGCUCUGAACCAGGAAAGCAGCGACCUGGCAGUGCGUCCAACAGUCCUAGGAGAGAGACACGCCCCUUUUACUCUGGGUCAGGUGACCAACAUUUCCAUAAGUAAUCUCUCUCUGGGUCACGUGACCAGAGCUCUCUGCCAUGGGAUCCUGGAGAAUCUGGCCUCCAUGAUGACCCCUGAGCGGCUACAGCAGGCGGGGGUCAACAGGAUAGUUGGUAGCGGGAGCGCCCUGGCGCGUAAUCAGGUGCUGAGACAGGAAGUGGAAAAAGUGUUUGCCCAGCCCGUGAUAUAUGGACGGGAUGCGGACUCUGCCGUUGGCGUGGCUUUGGUCCUCUGUGACCGACUCAGAUCUACCAAUGCGGCAUGGCACUGACAAUUUCGAGUAGCUUCUUGAAGAUGACAAAGGAGCAGUUCAACGAAUGGAAAUGCCUGCCUCACAUAUAUUAUGCUUUAUUCAAGUGAAUCACCACAAAUGUCCACUUUAUGCUUCAUGUGGAGCCUGAUUAAAAAAAAAAGUCAAUACUUUUACACAAAAUGAUGUUCAGACUGUCUUGAAAAAAAGUUACAGGAAGUGGCCUGUUGCCACACUAAGUUGAGCCUACUUUGCAUGGCAGAAAAUCACGGGACCUGUGAUCACACAACACGCAUGUUGAAGUGAAACUAAACAGAAUGGGC